GCGACCUCCAUGCGCGCAAAACAGAAGAGGAGAAUGCCAUGCUCCGGGCCAAGCUUGCCGAAAUGUCGUCGGCCAGACCAGUGUCUGCCAGACCUGGAUCUGACAGGUCCCCGAUGGUUCGUACCAUGGAUCCGGAAGGAGAGCUGAGUGCAAGUGGGGAGUCCGGUGACGAAUCAGCGAGGCAUGCCAUGCUCAUAGCCCGAUCGCCCAACUCGGAGAGGACAAUACCCGACUUCGCCAUGCAGCCUGCACGUCCGCAGAGUGCGCCGGCGCCCACAGGUGUGAACCUGCUGAUGUCGCUGAAGCUUCCAGGGCAAGUCUAUGACGAAGGCAACUUCUUUCCAAAGGAGGAGUCGUCCGAUGACGAGUCGCAUGAGUUGCCCCCAUGGGAUGCCGAGCUGACGAAGCGGCCAAAGAAGGCCACUGCCGUCAUGGACAUGAAGGAGCGCAUGCGCCAGAUGUUCAAAAACGUGAAUCACUCCCGAGAUCUCUACAAAGAGGAUGGUUGGUGCAGUAUGAUUGCAGGCCACGACUAUUUUGAAACUGUUGUCUACUGCUUCAUCAUUGCAAAUGUCGUCUGGCUUGGCAUCGAUGCCAUGGUGAACAAUGAGGACCUUUUGAUCAAUGCGCCCGCAUGGAUCGUCGUGGUGGAGAAUGUCUUUUGUGUCUUCUUUGUGGGCGAGCUGGCCGUGCGUUUCGGUGCAUAUCGCAGCAUGUGGGAAGCAGUGAGGGACCCCUGGAUAAUCAUCGAUUCGGUCCUCGUCCUCGGGAUGAUGUUGGAGACGUGGAUCUUCUUCGUGAUUCUGCAGUUCGCCGAAGUAGACUUUACCCUCGUCGAUCAGUCGUCGCUGCGCCUACUCAGGGUGCUCCGCGUUUCGCGCGUGGCGCGGAUCGUUCGCAUCCUUCGCGCUCUCCCGGAGCUCCUCAUCCUGGUGAAGGCAUUGGGGGUUGCCACGCGUUCAGUGUUCUUCACCUUCUGUCUGCUGAUGCUGGUGAUCUACCUCUUCGCAUUGGGAUGCUUCCUGAUCGGCAAGGAGACCGUGUCGGGUGAGCGAUACUUCAACACACUUGGAGGGUCAAUGUUCACAUUGUUCUUCUACGGGUUGUUUGGCUACGACCUGCCAGCGAUCGCCGAGGCUACUUUCAACGACAACCUUGUCUUGGGCAUCGUCUUCUGCUUGUACUUGGUGUGUGCGCCACUGACG